AAUUCUUUAUUUGAUGUGUGUGUUAAUAGUUUUGCAUACAGAAAAUAUCAAAUAUUUUGAACUUAAUCAGUGUUGACUAUUUUUGUAGGUAUAUGGAUCGUUAUUUCAAGAAACUUUCUUCCGUUGAUUCUUCAUCAGUUGAACCUUCACUUCUUCAACCUCAAGAAUUAUCGAAUGAAGAUAAAAGUAAGGUUGAUUUAGAGAAUCUUCCAAGUGAUCCAGGAGAACGACCUGAUAUAAUGAGUUAUCCACCAAAUUUAAUAGAACAAGUUCGCAGAGCUUACUUACUUAAAGUUGCCACUGCAUCAGUAGAAAGAGCCUUUUCAGCAAUGAAGAUCAUCAAGACUUCUCUACGUAAUAGCAUGGGAGACCAACUAUUGAAUGAUUGCUUAGUUCCUUACAUCGAAAAGGAUGUGUUUGUUAAAGUUACCAAUGAAACUAUUAUGCAGCGGUUUCAGAAGAUGAAGAAUAGAAGACAAAUGUUAUGAUGUGAUUGCAUUUGACUUUUACAUUUUGAACCUUAUAAUUUAAU